AAUGGGAUCCUGGGGUGCAUCAAAGAGUGUGGCCAGCAGGACGAGGGAGGUUCUCCUUCCCCUCUACACUGCCCUGGUGAGGCCUCAUCUGGAGUACGCUGUCCAGUUCUGGGCUCCCUAGUCAAGAAAGAUGAGGAGCUACUGGAGAGAGACCAGUGGAGGGCUACAAGGAUGGUGAGGGGACUGGAACAUGUCCCCUACGAGGAGAGGCUGAGGGAGCUGGGCUUGUUCAGCCUGAAGAAAAGGCGGCUGCAAGGGGACCUAAUAAAUGCUUAUAAAUAUCUGAAGGGUGGGUGUCAGGAGGAUGGGGACAAGCUCUUUUCAGUGGUGCCCAGUGACAGGACAAGGGGCAAUGGGCACAAAAUGAGGCACAGGAAGUUCCGUCUGAACAUGAGGAAGAACUUCUUCUCUUUGAGGGUGAAGGAGCACUGGAACAGGCUGCCCAGGGAGGUUGUGGAGUCUCCUUCUCUGGAGAUAUUCAAGACCCGCCUGGACAAGCUGGCAAUUGGGGCAGACAGGGCAGGAGUUGAAAGCACCAUUAGUAAAUUUGCUGAUGAUACUAAACUGGGAGGUUCUGUUGACUUUCCUGAGGGGCAAGAUGCCUUGCAAAGGAAUCUAGAUAAAUUAGAGCACUGGGAAAUCAUCAAUCGCAUGAAAUUUAAGAAGAUUCUGCACCUGGGACAGUGUAACCUUGCGCACAUAUCUAAAUUGGGAGAGGAGUGGUUGGAGAGCAGCCCUGCUGAAAGGGAUCUGGGGAUGCUGAUCGGCAGCAGGCUCAGUAGGAGUCAGCAGGGUGCCCUGGCAGCCAGGAGGGCAAACCACGUCCUGGAGUGCAUCAAACACAACAUAACCAGAUGGUCAAAAAAGGCCAAUGUCUUUGAUUUUCUCUGUACCAAAGCCAAUGAACCGCUGUUACCUGGCUCACUGUCACCUUCUGGCAUCCUGCCUUAA